CUGGACGAACUACUGGAGAGCGUAUGUCUCAACUGGUCGCAGUCACACCUGUUGAAAUCGUAAGCAUCGGUGCAUUCCAAUGUGCUUACAGGAGCCAUCCAAUCGUCUCCGCUCACAUCAAUCAGUAGUACGACGGGUGUAUGAUGAUCGUCAACAGGCAGCAGUGACGUAGGAGCAGUAAAAAUGUCCAUUUGCUCCGGUAGGCUUACGAAUGCGAGGUCGAGAAGAUUUCCGUUUUUGCUCACAAAACUAUUGAUUUGCCUCAGACCAGUAGCAAACAUGGUUUCUGUGUAGCCAUUAAUGUCGUCGUCUAAUUCCCAGCACAGUUUUGGAAGGUUAACGUCACCCAUACACAGAACAAUGUCCGCAUCAGACGCUUGGCUGACGAUGUUCUGAACUGCAUUAGCAUGAGUAGCGUAUAGAUCGACAUGGGUGCUUGGUGGAAGAUAAACAGUGAUAAUGUAGAGUGAACGAGUUUUCGACUUAAUGCAAACUGCGGUUUGCUCAAGCCUUUCACUAUUCGGUAUUUGGAUAACCUCGCAGCGAAGGUGAUUUUUCACUGCUAUCAGCACUCCACUACAUCGAGUAUUGUCGGCGAAGCACUAACUUAGAAUUCGGUGGCUGGACUUCCGAACCGAACUUUUCUUCCGAAGUAGCCAACUGUCAAACUAGUUGUCAAAUUUUCCUAUUAUGUCACUUCUGCUCUAUGUAAAUAAACAAGUCAACCCGCUAGUUUCAUAGUCUUUAGGAUACAAAUUUGGUUUAAAAUCAUUUCAAUGGCCAACGUGAUUAUCCAAAGCGUGCGACAUCGACAGGCAAAUCCAAACACGGUAUAUCAUGCCUUAUAUGGCCAUUACUUUUUGGGAAUUUCGAAGCAGGACCUAGCUAAAAUAUACGGAAAAUCCCUGGCAACAGUCUACAAUUGGUUCAGUAGAUACGAGAAGGAUGGAUUGUAUAGGCGUAAGCAGCGGAAACAAACAUACAAGAAGUUUUCGAGCGAUAUGCGAGUGUGGCUAGUAGAACUCUAUGGAAAGGAACCGUUGUUAUUCCUUGAUGAAGCUAAACAUAGAUUCGAGUUACAAUUUCAUGUCAACAUCAGUGUGUCCUCCGUUUGCACUAUCCUUCAUGAUGCAGGACUGUCAUGGAAGGUCAUAGAGCGAAGAGCUAUUCAGAUUCGCGACGAAGAGAUUGUGCGGUUUACCCGGGAAUUGUUGGCCAUUCCUUGGGAUCUAUUCAAUUUGAUUUUUCUUGACGAAGUGGCCUUUGAUAACCGUGACAUGCUACGCCGAAAAGGAUAUGGAGUGAUUGGACAGAAGGUUGUUUACAGAGGCGAAUUUUGUCGUAAACCACGUGAAUCCUUCUUAUGCUUCCUUGGGGUUAAUGGAAUCCUGGAAAGUUUUAGAACCGAAGGCACAUUUAAUAGGAAGAAAUUCUUCGAAUGUUGCCGUACUUUUGCUCUUCAACAUCGCCAGGUUCAAUGCUAUCCAGGGUUUCACUCUGUGUGGAUAAUGGAUGGCGCUAGGAUCCAUUGCGACGCUAACAUCAUAAGAUAUCUCCGCUCAAUCGGAAUUGUUCCCCUAUUUUUACCGGCCUACUGUCCAUUUUUCAAUCCUAUUGAAGUUGUGUUCGGACAAGUUAAGCAAUACCUAAGAAGGAUCCAUCGAGAAGGUGAUUCUAUUCGAAUGGACGUUUGUGAAGCAAUCAACCAUUUCAGAUUGUAUCCAUGCUACAAAUUGUUCCAACAUUGUGGAUAUCUUCCAGGAGGAACAUUUUUGCCGGAGAAGGCCCUGGAACACAAUCCAAAAGAAAUUACUUUCAACGUCAUUCCAGAAUAAAGGAUAAUUACCAUCGUUUCUCCAAAAUCAAUUCCGAAACUGUAAAUGAAAUCCAACAGUAUGAACUAAAGCAACCUACUUAUAAGCGUUAAAUGAAACAUUGUAUUUUUUCUCUCAAUUUUCAAAAUAAA